CAACUAGCAAGUACCCCCAGGAGCCAGUCCCUCCCUUCUGCACACCCUGGCUCCAUGGAGAAGAAGGAAAUUGUGCUCUCUCUUGACGCUAACACCAGUGAGUGUAGUGAUGGGGCUAACCAAACAGGCUCCCUACAUUGCUGGCCAGAAGUGACUGGAGGUGGUCCAGAGGUGAUUAUUGUGCCUGUUCUCUUUGGUGUGAUAUUUCUGUUAGGCAUGGUGGGAAAUACCUUGGUCCUGGUAGUGCUGGGACACAUCCGGCCCAAUGGACGCCCUUCACGGAGUGCCACAAACAUCUUCAUUCUCAACCUGAGCAUUGCGGAUUUCUCAUUCCUGCUCUUCUGUGUCCCCUUCCAAGCCACAAUCUACUCCCUACCUGAGUGGGUCUUCGGUGCCUUCUUUUGCAAGUGGGUUCACUACCUGGCCAUGACCACCAUGCUGGUCAGCAUCUUUACUCUGGUAGCCAUGUCUGUGGACAGGUACAUUGCUGUGGUGCAUGCAAAGCGCUCCCUCUGCAUCCGCAGCAAACGCAAUGCUGUCAUGGGUGUCAGUGUCAUCUGGCUGCUGUCACUGCUCAUUGCCAUCCCUGUUGCCCAGCACCAGGCCCUCAUGAGUGGCCAUGAGAAGGCACCCAACAGCUCUUUCUGCUGGGAACACUGGGCUGAUGGUUCAGCUGCCAAGCAGACCUACAAGGUUGCCAUCCUGGUGGUGGGGUACCUGCUGCCCCUGGUGCUCAUCACCUGCUGCUAUGCCAAGGUUUUAUAUCAUCUUCAUACAAAAGUAAAAAACAUUUCUAAGAAAUCGGAGAGAUCAAAGAAAAAGACAGCACAGACAGUACUACUUGUGGUUGCUGUGUUCUUGAUCUCCUGGCUGCCACAUCACAUCAUCACCAUGUGGGCAGAGUUUGGGCAAUUUCCACUGAACAAUAUCUCCUUCACCUUUCGCAUUGUCUCUCACUGCCUAGCAUAUGGGAACUCUUGCAUUAACCCUAUCAUCUAUGCGUUCCUCUCUGAGAACUUCCGCAAGGCUUGUCAGCAAGUCUUCACCUGCAAGUUCCUCCUGCAGCCAGGUCCUGCUGAGAAGCUGGUGAGAAUACGUAUGGAGAACUUCUCCACCACCCAUUCAACAACUAAUGUGUGAACUGGGCAUACAAAUAAGAAUCUCUUUCGGAAGAAAUUAAUGUUAAAAAAAAUGGGUAAAAAAAUCUGACUCCUACUGAUUUAAUUCAAGAUUAGCAUGUGCUUUGUAAGAAUAACUCAUUCAUUAGAUCAGUAGCAUUGCAGGAGUUGGCCCUCCAUAAAGCUGUUGAGAACAGUUCACAGAGCUGGUUGUCACGGCCUAUUAAACACUGGAUUCUGUAACCCUGUGGAACUUGGAUAUCCUGGUGAUGGGUUCUAUGAAGUCUUUGGUAUCUGUAGAUCCCUAUAAAGAUGUUGAGACAGAAGUUUAUAUAGAAGGUAGUUUAAUCAGAAAGGAAACAACACAGACCUGUGUUGUAAAAAAAAGCUGUUAGUGAUGAGGUUAAACACAAGUGGAAAUGUAAUAUUUGGAGAAAUUAUUUGUAGUAGUUAAGGAAGAGCCUUGAAGUGUUCAGUGAUAUUGUGUCUUAACUAAUGUCAGGGCAUUAGUGUUUCUAGGUUGUGUUGGUUGGGCUUAUUUUGAAUUCAUUAGCUUUGAUUAGGUCUUCCUGUUUCACAAAGGAUUUCCUUAAGAAGAGCAGGAGGAACAUGCAUAACCUUAGCCACAAUGUGCUCUUAGAGAUCUAGGCAUUUCCAUUUGGCAUCUCUUUAUUGCCUUCAUACUUCUGGGAUUGAAUGCUAGUAUUCACCUGAAUGCAACUGAUAAUAUUAAUUAUUGCCUCUAGUACUGGUCUAUAUGAAUGAGACAGAGAUUUGCUAAGCACUCUUCCAAUAAAGGCAAAGCUACUGCUGCCUAUCUUUCAUUUACCUUGUGGCAGAAGUGCACACAUCAUGGUUUAUUCACCCAUAGCCUUUGUGUCAGUCUCUCUCUCUCUGAAGAUAUUGCAUACAAAUAGUUUUGUUGGUACAUGUACUGUAAAGCAUAUCUAUCCAAAUGCUUUUAUUGGACAGUGUGUCACUUGAAAUUAAGAGAAAAGGCCUCAUUUUAUAGAACUGUACCACAGUCACUAUUUGAUGGAUCAUCCAUACUGAGCAUUACUGAUAAGAGCUGCUAUUUGUAAACAUACAAAAGUGUCACUAGUUCAUUCUGUAAAAUUGGCUGGAACAAUCUUAUUUCUCAUUGUUAUGUAAUUAUGUCAUUUGACAAUACUGCAUUAAAAUACUGUGUGCAGCAA